UUUGGAGGGGAUGAGAAGCAGCCAAAGCUUUGUUUGAUUGCUGAUGAGAACAGUGGGGGUUUUCCAAAUGCAAAGAAUAAUGGAAUGACCGAUACACGUUGUGAAAGCAAGCGCGAAAUGAAAGAUCCAAGUUUGGUUGCUAGACUCAUGGGGUUGGAAUCGAUGCCAGCAGGAUCAGGCAGUAAGCCCCAAAAGGCUUCAGCUUCUGAAACUUGGAGCAAUGUGGCAGAAAAACUUGGUGCUCGGCCUGGCGGAUCUGAUAAAGAAGAUAUGGAUUUUGAGAUAGCUGAAAUAAAGAGUUCAAAACCAGAACCCGAUAGAGAUCUUUCGGAUUGUGAGACCUCAUUAUCCACCAGGAGGAGUUGCAGAGAACUGAUUCAUAACGUUUCUGGAGUGCUCAGCAAGAUUGAUCAGUUAAAAGAAAGCAAACUCAGCUAUACAAAACAGGUCGUUUUGAAUGCUGAACUCAUAUUUGGAGCUACACCUCAACAGCAGGCUCUACCUAUAGAGGAUGGGUUCUCUGUGAGCCAUUUUCUCCUCAAUGAACAUGAAAUGUUUUCGAGUUUUCUGUGAAUGGCUUUCGGUGAGUUGCUUGGCUGUAAUGACCCAAAACAGAUGAAUCAGCUUAAAGGAUUCGCCUUUGAUUGUCUAUUAGAGUACCUAGACUCAAAAUUUUCUCCAAUCUCUGAUUCUGCUUUCAGAACCUGUACCAAACUACCAUCAAGUAUGUCCAAAGAGAUUCUAAUUGCUGAUAUUAUUGAUGAGGUCGAAGAGUGGACACAAUUUGUUGGUUUGAUCCCAGACGAUGGGUAAAUGUACGGACUUCGAGAUUGAAGAAUAUGAAUGUGGCACUGAAGUUGCAAGGCAUAUUCUCCAAGAAUUAGUAGAUGAAGUUGUUUUAGACCUCUACAGUUCUAGCUAAAUUUUGUGGAACUGUUAGUAGCUCCUAUUUUUGAGACUUUGUUGCAAGCCUAUCAGUGCUGUUCUCAUGUGAUAACUCUUGACUCGAUAAUGUCAAGCAAAGUAUUUUGUACAAAUCAUUGAUUCUACAUCUGAUUCGACUUAUUGUA